UUUGCAACUCGAGAGAACUCUUUCUUACUUACACUAGUGCAAUUUCUUCUCUAAUCCACCUCUCGAUUUUCUUCUUGUAAAUAUUAACUCAAGCGGCAAACGAACGAGGACACCCAGCUCUCCCACGCACCAUGUCAACCUACGAGGUCGAACAUAACCUCACAUCGGACCCGUCAACCUCGCAAUCCCAAUCAACGACUCGCCGCCGGCGCCCCGACCUCUCCACUUUCUUCGCGACCCUCUCUGAAAUCACCCCCGACGAGUCCCGUUCGCGCCCCUAUGCCGUGCCUGUGCCCGGCGAUGUCAGCGCUGCGUUCUAUUCCCUCGCCGAGGCGCUAAAUAUCAUGCGCCGUGAGGGGGGUGGAGGAAAUUCCGGCGCUACAGGUCCCGCCGGGGACAUUGGGAGCUUCCCCACGCUUAAUCCAGACGGGACGCCCAUUCGAGUCCACGGGGAUGAUCUGCUGGCGCAGAUGAUUCAAACAUUGUUGAGAGAUGCAGAAACGCCGCCGAAGGAGGUUGAGGGGGUUAAUGAGGAGUUUUGUGAUAGGCUGGACCGUGUCCCGCGCUCCUCGCUGAAGCCCGAACAGGCGUGUCCGAUUUGCAGCAAUCCGUUUUUAGACGACAAGUACCCACUCGUUGUGCGGUUACCGUGCCACCCGACGCAUUUGUUUGACUUGGAGUGUGUGCGGCCUUGGUUGAGACUCAGGGGGACGUGUCCGCUUGACCGGACGGAUUUCGCGAAGCAGGAGAGGGACAAGAUUGAGGAGCGCAAGAGAAUAGCUGAACAGGAUGACGAGGAAGAGUGGGAUGGAAUGUAUGGUUGAAUUACAAGGUAUGCCAGGUCGUUUGAGUUUUGGAGUUGAUGGGGUUAAAACGAGGCUAUGAAAGCUAAUCAUUGCAUUUCGUAAAGGAGUAUCUCGCGCAUUAUGUUAUAUAUGUACAUGUUGUAUUUACUUUUAAAUCGAACUGGUCAAGCUGCUCAAGAGC